AAGCCCUCCCGGGCCCUCUCAGCGAGGUGCAUUUCUGACCAUUGGACCAUCACAGCGAGCUGUCUGGGUCGUCGGAUGGGCUAUUGGUGUGCCGUUGGUGCUUCCUGUCUCUGGGCCAGCAGGUCAGCGCUAGAUGAAAAAAAAUCUCCCCUCUUCUUUCCGAUUUGCCCUAACCCGUGCUCCAUUUCUUGCGAUUCACCGCCGCCGCCCAUCGCCUCCCUCCCCUCCGCUGCCGGUGACCUAGCCCGUGGUCUCCGGGCUCCCAGGCACCUCCCUCUGCGAUCCGCGUCUGCACUUCGAUGGAGGAGGAGCCCCGACCGGUUCGUCACCGCGGCCCGCCUCCGCCGCCGCAUGGAGGCACCCAUACCGGAGACGGAAUCUACCACCUCAGUGCUCUUCCGGACGACCUACUCCACCUCAUCCUCAGCCGCCUCGAUCACCACCGUGAUGCCGUCCGCACCUGCAUCCUCUCCCGCCGGGGCGUGAGCUCACGAGCGGCCUCAGUAUGGCUAGGUUCAGUAUACAGCAGAUAGAGAUCGAGUCUGUUCCAACGGCGAUCUGUGCGCUUGGGUUGGUACUCCGCGUCCUUGUAGCGCAGCGCCCCGCGUUCGGCGGAUUGCGAGUACUGGAGGUCUGUGUCCCUGAUGGAGAGGAUAUGUACGCAGACGACGUGUCGGAGGUCCUCUAUGCCGCUUCUGAGGUCUCGCCCGUGGAGAAGUUCCGCUUCAUCCUCCCGUGGAACGUAGAUCCGAAAUCAGAUAGUCCCGUGGUUCUACCUGGCUUCGAUCGGACCAUCUCAAUCGAGCUCGAUGUGUCUUACCUUGUUGUUGAGCAGCUGGCUGGGAGCUUCCCCGUGCUCGAGCGAUUGAUGCUCAAGGGCUUCUCGGUUGAUAUUGAGGACUUGGUCAGCCGCUGCCCUUGUCUGCGCGUGCUCAAGAUCAUCUCUCUUGAAUUCAGCAACAUCGUCAUUCACUCGGCGUCCCUGCAGGAACUCCAUAUUCUGAAUGAAGUGGAACCCUGGGCCUGCGCAUAUGAGAUAUACAGUAUUGAUAUCGCAGCCCCCGCACUGAAGCAUUUAAACCUUUCCGUCUACACCGACCGCAGCUGCAGCUUGUCCAUCUUGGCUCCAAUGGUGGAGCAGAUCUCGUGGGAGUGCAAGUACAACAUCAUGACAAUUGGGAUUGGCGAACUGUGGGAACUCAAGUGCCUGAGCUUAAAGACAGGGGAGGGUGCUGCCACCAAUGAUGUGGAUGGCACUUGUCUGUCGCUGCAUAUAUCCGCCUAUAAUACUUCACGUGCAAAUGAAGCAGAACACGCCUUUGAGGAGGAGAUACAAAACCUACCAGUUGGUGACCUAUAUACUUUGGAGCUACAUCUUUCCCUUGGGCAGACAGGGCAUGCUUGGACAUCCAUUGUGCUGUGUAUACUUGGAAUACAGUCUAUUCGUAUUGCUACCCAAAGGCUUAAGCUUGUUCUAAGGAGAUCUGAGGUUGAAGCAGCUUGCGCAGCAGAUUGUCCAUGCCAUGAGCCUAUGCAAAUUCCCUCCUUAGUCAAUCUUCAAGAAGUGGAAAUCAAAGGCUUCAGAGGAGAGGGCUACGAGUUCGAGUUCUUGCAAUCCGUAUCCUGGGCUGCACCAUUACUUGAAAAAACAACGGCCAUCAGGUCUGCAGGGAACUAGAUGAUGCAUCUUGGACAGAAGGAUUAAAUACUCAAAAUUCUGCUGUACUACUUAAACUCUGUUACGGAGCUUGAGAAACUGUUUUCAGUUUCUUCCUUUAUUUGACAGCCAUUAGUUUUGGUAAGGAUGUUGGGCACUUAUAUUUUGCAAUGGACCUGCAAGCCAGAACCUGGCAAUAAUCCGCUUGGCAUUGUCUGAUGACUGAGUUCAAUAGAUCUGGAGUAAAGAUUCUCAGUACACAGUUAUGCAUAUGCUGUAUUCUUCUCUAUGGUCAUUUGAGUAAAGUUUUGCAUGAUUUCUUUCUGAAAAUCAAAACACGGAUACACAUUCAAUCUUAAGAUUUGGGCUGGUCAUUGUUGUUGCAAGGCGUGUUAUGCAUUUGUUGUGUUCUUCUCUGGUCAAUUGAGUAUGCAUAUGUUGUGUUCUUCUCUUUGGUCAAAAAUUAUACUCCCUCCGUCCGGAAAAAGCUGUCCACGCUUAGUUCACUUUUAAUUUUGCAAAAACACCCUUCUGGUUUUUAAUCUCGUGCUAAUCCCCCUCCUCUGCUUCUUCUUCCUUCGCUCAUGGCUGGACCAAGCGGCCGUCUUCGCCGCCGUCGGCUGCCGUCGUAGAUGCAGCGGGCGACCGCCCCCACCUGCAUUGCUGCCCACCUGCGCCACCCUCAAGCUGUCCUCCCACCUACGGUUGCUCUGCUGCAGCGAAUCUGCCCCGCCGCACGGAGGCGAGCUGCGGCCGGUUCCUCGCUCCUGCGGCAACCUCAGUCGCUGUUCCUCCUCGUCGGGCUGGCAGGUUCCUCCUCCUCGUCUCCCUGGCCGGUUCCUCCUCCUCGUCGCCUUGGCCAGUUCCUCACGCUUGCGGCAACCCCAGCCCCAGCUGCCAACCCCGGUCGUCGCUCCCCUCCUAGACGCCGCUCCCCACUUCGUCUGAUCUUCCCAGGCGGUGAGACGACCACACGGACCUGCUUCUGCCGCCCGACCGCCACCUGAUGCUGCAGCUGUGGAUCGAGUCCACACCCAGCUGCUGCUUAUUCCUCUGUUGCCACUGUUGGCUGUAGGUACAGUACUCUGAACAUGUGCAAAUUACUGAAGAAAAUUGAAUUGCUGCUUGUGAUGCCUUGUGAUGAUCAUUAAUUCUUGCUGUUGAUGUCCUCCUGUUGAUGUUGUUGCUACUGAACAUGGAUAGAAGUUAAUUAACUAACCGUGCUGAGUUAGCUAGCACAAACUUUGUAACUGAUAUGAUUAUGGGCAUGUAAUUCUUCCCCUGCAAAAGUUUUUAAUGAAAUUUGAGAUUUUGAACUAA